CGUCAUCGUGACAUCUAUGUGAUAAAUACCUCAUUACGAAAUACUAUGUCUCACAUAUGUUUAAUUGUAAUUCAGUAAUGUUAAAUGUAAUCAUAAUCAUCAUUAUUAUCUUUUCUAGCUCUUAGUAAUUAAUUAUAUUUUAAAAACGACCGUUUAGACUGAGACUGCUUGGAAUGUCUAAUGAUUGCUUAUCUGUUUGUUACGAACUAAUGAUGUUCAUUAAUUAAAUAUUUUGUGUAGUUGUGUAAUCAUUGUUGUUACAAAAUAGCUGUGAGCUGUGUGUUAUACAAGUUAUCUGUUUAAAGAUUUAUAGGAAUGUAUUUAUGUGAAAAUAAAUUCAAAAACUCUACCUCUACUAUCGAAGUUAUUCAUAAUUUUAUUAUUUAUUUGAAUUUUAUUUGAUACCAAAUACCUAAGCAUUAUAGUUUGAGUUAAGAUGAUUCGUGGAGUAAAGGCAGUCAGUCAGUAAUUGCAACGCGCGGAUUGCAGGCGAUCGCCCCUCGCCCCGCUACGCCACCCUGCGCUCGAACACCGUAAGUAAACAGUCUGGUGUUUAUCCGCGUCUCGCUCACACCGACCGCGUCGCGUCGCGCCUCUGAGGUGCACUUGGUGUUCCUAUUAUUUUCGUGACGGGUAUUGCGCCGAAGCCGAUUCCCGCAUCCUCGCCCCCGAGACGCGAGGUCCGGUCUCGCGGCGGAGGCGGCCGCGGCGGCCGUUCGCAUCGCGCGCCAGUCCUCGCCCGAGGCAGAUUGUCGCAUCGGUUUGCGCCUACAAAACUUUCGGUGUCGGUCCGUAGAAAAUGUGGCACGCUUACUUAGAAAACGUAACAAGUGCGAGUCGUGGCGGGUGACAAGAGCUGUUUACAGCUGUCGUUAGAUACACAGUGCCGUGUCUGUGACAGUGAUAGGAUUAAUUUUUAUUGUGUACUAAGCCCAUGAUACACGUCAAUGUGGAUGAAGAGUGGAGUGUUGUCGGAAGAUGCAUUUCAAGGAGUCGUUCGCUAUGAGCGAAAGACAGAGCGAGCGGGGCCGCCGCAACUCACGUUGCAAAGGUGCUGGCGUCAAGAUGGAGCACUUCCAGGCGGCGCUGGACCCUCGCAAGCAAGAGCUGCUGGAAGCGCGCUUCUUAGGCGCCAAGAUGUCAGCUGGGUCACAAAUUCAGAUGGCACCACAAACAACUGUCAACACGGGGCAACCACUUCUCAAUCAGGACUCCAAUAUGAGCACAGGGUCAUCGCACAGUGAUAAAGAAGUAGAUGCUUUGACACCUGAAAAAUCAGCAGCUAUGCGAGGCUCAAAUUCAGCACCAGGCGCUGCUUUAGUACCACCAAGUGGUGCCACCCCUACAAUAGCUAUGCCUGAAAGAAAAAGGAAACGAAAAGGAGAAGAAGGCGUUGGCGGGGGAGGGGGUGGCGGUGGCAAACAAAGACAUAACUCUGACAAAAAUAUUAGGGAAUAUUUCUCUAAGCACCCAUCGUCCAGCCCUGUCCGGCAUACUGGUGCAAAAUCUCCUUCACCAAAUUAUCCUAUGUACCCACCGUCACCUUCGUCGUUACUACCUUCGGGAGCCGACUUCUUACGUUCCGCCUCUCAACAGCGACCUCACACUUCCGUCAAACAGGUUCAAACAGAACUGACGUGUCAGAGGAUACAAGAGUUAGAAACUCAAGCAUCAUCUGACUUAGAACUAAGAAAUAAUAAAAUAGAAGAAUUAACAAGAACUAAUGAAGAAUUAAAGCAUCAAGUGCAAGCACAGAGCAAGGUUAUAGAGCAACACAAAUCACACAUUAACAAAUGUAUAGAAGUUGUAAAGAAACUAUUGAAUGAAAAAAGUACUAUAGAGAAGAAAGAAGCGCGACAAAGAUGUAUGCAGAACAGGCUUAGGCUUGGGCAGUUUGUCACGCAACGGGUUGGCGCUACUUUCCAGGAGAAUUGGACAGACGGAUAUGCUUUCCAAGAACUUACAAGGCGGCAGGAAGAAAUAACGGCGGAGAAGGAGGAGAUAGACAGGCAAAAGAAGUUAUUGUUCAAGAAGCGGCCGUCGAACAGUGAGGGCGGGGGCGGGCGCGGCAAGCGUACGGCUAGCGCGCCCCCCGCGCCCCCCGCCCAGCCCCCACCUCUACACAACGGUACUGACGCGCCCACCUUCCUCAAACCUGACCCUCUUCCCAGCAUGACGUGGCAGGAAUACUACGAGGCUGACGAGAUACUCAAGCUGAGACAGAGUGCAUUGAAGAAAGAGGACGCCGAUUUACAGUUAGAAAUGGAAAAAUUAGAACGGGAACGAAAUCUUCACAUUAGAGAACUGAAACGGAUACACAAUGAAGAUCAAAGUAGAUUUUCACAGCAUCCUGUACUCUCUGACCGGUACCUGCUGCUGAUGUUAUUGGGUAAAGGCGGGUUCAGUGAAGUGCACAAAGCGUUCGAUCUGCGCGAGCAACGAUACACCGCCUGUAAGGUGCACCAACUGAACAAGGACUGGAAGGAGGAUAAGAAGGCCAACUAUAUCAAACACGCCCUGCGGGAGUACAACAUCCAUAAGGCCCUGGACCACCCGCGUAUAGUGAAACUUUACGACGUGUUUGAGAUCGACGGCAACUCAUUUUGUACAGUUUUAGAGUACUGCAAUGGACAUGAUCUCGAUUUUUAUCUCAAGCAGCAUAAGACCAUACCUGAACGCGAGGCUCGUUCAAUAGUGAUGCAAGUUGUGUCCGCGUUGAAAUAUCUGAACGAGAUCAAGCCGCCAGUGAUCCACUACGACCUGAAGCCCGGUAAUAUUCUACUGACGGAGGGUAACGUGUGCGGCGAAAUCAAGAUCACUGACUUCGGCCUCUCCAAGGUGAUGGACGAGGAAAACUAUAACCCCGACCAUGGAAUGGACCUCACCAGUCAGGGCGCGGGCACUUAUUGGUACCUGCCGCCCGAAUGUUUUGUAGUCGGCAAAAACCCACCAAAGAUCAGUAGUAAGGUGGACGUGUGGAGUGUGGGCGUUAUCUUCUACCAGUGUCUGUACGGAAAGAAACCGUUCGGUCACAAUCAGAGCCAGGCCACUAUACUGGAAGAGAACACCAUACUCAAGGCGACAGAUGUGCAGUUCGCCAACAAACCCACAGUCAGCAAUGAGGCUAAGAGCUUCAUCCGGGCGUGUCUGGCGUACCGCAAGGAGGAGCGCAUCGACGUGUUCGGUUUGGCGCGGCACGAGUACCUGCAGCCGCCGAUGCCGAAGCCGCGCGGGGCGGGCGGGCCGGGGGGCGCGGGCGCGGGGUCGCUGGGCGGCGCGGGGGGCCUGGCGGGCGGCGCGGGCGCGGGGGCGGGGGCGGGGCUGGGCGGGGGCGUGUUCGGGGCGGGCUCGUCGUCCUAGCCGCGCCGCCGGCCGCGCCGCCCGCCCCGCCCGCGGCCCGCCCGGCACAGGCACACAGACUAAUAUCACUUGCGGAUUAUAAAUUGUUUAAGAUUAUGCUUACCGUUGACUGUAUUUAUUGAGCGGGUGGUGAAACGCGGUACGCCGUUCACGAACGGUAACCGUUUUAUCACUAGGAUCCUUGGGACUACCCCUUGCAUAUUAUAUAAGUUAUCCCUAUUAAAAAGUUAAAAAUAUUAACG